UCACACAUCUCGUGGAACCGCCUAGCCUCGGUAGCCAAGGUUUAUGCGAUGCGAAUGGCAACGAACUUCGCUAAUCCAGCCGGAAUGACAUGGCAUCCGAAGUACACUCUCAGGGCAUUUCAUUAUGAAAAUACACUCAAGCUCUCAAGGUUCUAAAUGCCUGAUUUCUCUUAUCUAGGGAGGUCCUCACCACUUUCCUCCAUCCCCGUACCAAAGUUCAACUGCCUGACGGGCGCCAAAUGUCUUGAAUGGUCUAAGAAAAGUACGAGCCGUUGGAAAUCAGAAGCAGCCGAAGACACCAGGACGGUUUCUGAGAAUCUCCAGAGACCAAAGGACCAUUCUAGUGCUCGGCUAGGUAGGCCCAAGUGCACUGGUCAUUGGCGAGUGAUAUAUAAGGAUGGUGUUGAGACGGCCCUUACCCCUACCCCCUAUCCCCUUUCCUCCGAUGUUCUUUCGAGUUAUGCAGGCAACAUCUUGGUCUCACAUACUCUCAAUGAAAAGUCUCCGGACACAGACCCCGCGUGGGCUUUCCGAUAUCCCUUCCGCCAACUAUGGCUCUGGUGGUCCUCAGUGUUGUCAUUGUCACUGGAGGGGAGAGCAUGCGCCAGGUUGUCCAUUUCGAUCUACGUGAAACAUCAAGGACGAUGCCACGACCUAACUCAAUGUACUAUCAUGUGACACAACAAGGCUAACAAGCUUCAUAACUUAUCAGGCAUGAUCAUUUCCUGAACCGCUAUAUCUCUUGACAACCGUUAACGCACUUUUACGU